AAACGCGCUCCUGACUGCUCUGUUUCUGUCAGUACUGACUCUGCAGCCGUGAGGAUCUGUGUCGUCGUGAAAACAUCGUGAAGUACUUUCAAGAGCGUACUAGGAUCAGGAGUUUGACCAACAUGGCGGCCAGAGCUGAAUGUCAUCAGAAACAAGUCGAGGGAGAGAAUGGGCGCAGAGAGAAGGAUUCUCCGCGUACCCACAAGUGCGGUGAGUGUGGGAAGAAGUUUCGCUUCCUGAGUCAUCUGAAGAGACACGUGCGGACUCACACAGGAGAGAAACCGCACAGAUGCAAGGAGUGCAGCAAGCAGUUUAGUCGACUGAGUGCUCUAAAGAGGCAAAUUCGAACUCACGCUGGUGAGAAACCCUACAGAUGUGAAGUAUGUAUCAGGCAGUUCGGUGGCCUGGCUGAUUUAAAGAGACAAAUGCGGACUCACACAGGGGAGAAACUGUACAAGUGUGAGGAGUGCAGCCUGUCGUUUAGUGCACUGUCAGAUCUUAAGAGACAUGUGCGGACUCACACAGGUGAGAAACCGUACAGGUGCGAAGAGUGCAGGAGACAGUUCAGCGACUCGCGUAAUCUGAAGAGACACAUGCGGACCCACACAGGUGAGAAACCGUACAAGUGUGAGGUGUGCAACAUGCAGUUCAGCAGACUGGAUAAUAUAAAGAAGCACGCGAGAAGUCACAUUGGUGAGAAACCGUACAGAUGUGAGGAGUGCAGCUAGCAGUUUAGUCAGUUUAACAAUCUAAAAAAAAAAACACAUGUUCACUCACACAGGUGAAAAAACCGUACAGGUGUGAAGAGUGCAGCAAGCAGUUUAUUCGACUGUCAAAUUCAAAGGCACAUAUGUCGACUCACACAACAAAAGUCGCACAUGUCUGAAAAAUGCAACAAAAGCUUUCGGCAUUCAAGUGAGUUCACGAUUACACCGGCGAAAAUUUGGUUUAAAAGCCUGUGUAACGAUUGCAUUAUGUAGCAAUUAUGGGGCGCCUGUGGCAAGGUCUGUACUUGAUGAAUGGACUGGGUCGUUCCCUGUGUCAUUCUUUUAUUCUCUACCGAUGAGAAAUCUUACUUACUGUUUUUACUGAGUGUUUUUUUUUUUCAGUUUCUUACUCUCUACUUGACUUCAGUGUAAUACUAAGAAUAACGUAAUUUUUACCCACUAUUGUUGUAUGCUCUGUAGACCGUUGCUUAGAAUGUUAUAUUUAGAAUUAGUUAGCAGCAUACGUGUUAGUUCCACAUGCAUUUAAAUGUUGGUAGAUAUGGUUUGUUUCAAAUUGUUCUGUAAAAUACAUAUGUAGCUGUUAGAGGUUUGUCAACUUUCUGCAUAUCAGUUUCACCAAUAAAUCAAAACACGUAAUGUGUUGUCUUCUUUCUUGAACUUUUUCCUAAAGAUGUUGUCUAAUUUGCCCCUAUGAAAAUCAGCGCAUACAACAUGAUAAUUUCAACAACAAAUUCCAACACGUAAUACUAGUAUGUUGUUGUUUUUAUUGAUCACCAACUUUAUUGUUAGUCUCCAACUUGUUGUCUUUUUACUACAAAUGAUGCUGUCUGAUUCCAUAUGCAAAUCAGCAUGGUGAUUGUACUCGGUCUCUUUUUUAAGUACGAAUGAUGUUGUCUGAUUCUUCCCUAUGCAAAU